AUGUUCCUUUUCUUAACAAAUCUUUGGAAGGAAAAAAAAAACCAAAAUUUCUUCUUUAAAUCAAUUACAACAAUCGAAGGCAAAUUAAAUGUAGAUAGAAAAAAAAAGAAACUUAGCUCUAAAACGACCAAAUAUAUUAAUUACAUAUUUUUAAAAAGGAAAAAGGCAGAACAAAAUAUCCAUCUAAAUAAUAUAAAAAGGAAACUUCUUAAAAAUAUCUCUUCUUCCUUGUCAAGCCCAUUAGAACCAUUCCACGUUAUUUGUAAUUUCAAAAAUGAUAAAUUAAAAGCUCUCAAAAAAUACAACAUAGAGGAAAAACAAAAUAAUGCACAUAGCCUCAUAAAAAAUAUAUCUCAACAAAAUGUGUCAAAUGUAGAACAUCUUAAAUGUAUUGCCUCCAAGAAAGUAGAAGAAAAUAAUCAUUUAAUUGAAACAAACUCACCAAAGGAGGAAAAUGGAUCUUUCAUCCAAAUGGGUGAUGCGAAUUGUGUCAAUUAUGAUAGGAAGUAUAUGAACGGACAGGAAAAUAUUACAAAUAGCCAAAAAAAUAAUAUGAAUGGACAGGAAAAUAUUACAAAUAGCCAAAAAAAUUAUAUGAACGUACAGGAAAAUAUUACAAAUGGUACAAUCCUUACAAGUGAUAAUCCUUCUGGAAUGCCCAUUUAUAAGGACACAAAUUGUGAUAGAUACCUAGAAGAAAAUAAAUUUCUACCAACGGUGUGUAUCAAGAAAGAUAAAGAAAUGAAAGAUAUAAAGAGUUGGAAUAAUAUCAAUAACAUUAUAGACCUUAGAAAGAAUAAGGAGUUGUGUAACAUAUAUUUGAUUACUAGUAUGAUAAAUAUAUAUCAUGAGAAUAAUUACAAUUAUAUAAUAUUAAAGAUAUUAAAAGAGAUGAAGUAUAUCCAUUGUAUGAGUAUGAAGCAUAUAAGUUUAAUUAUAUACAAUAUGUAUAAAUAUUAUUACAUACAAUAUAUAAAAAAUAUAUUUUAUAGAUCAGACGAAAUAAAUCGAACUAACUUUUUUAAUAGUUAUUACAUGUUUCCAGAAGAUGGCAUAUUAUAUAAUAAUGAGUUUAAAAUAAAAGAGGUGUUGUUAGAUAUAGAAAUAAUAAAAAAGUUUUUAUUAUCUAUAUCAUGUAUAAUUAAGACGAAUAUAUAUGACGAACGUGAUAUGAAUGUAUUAAGUAAGAUAUUAUUUGUAUAUUGUUUCUUUGAAAUAAAUAAUAAAGAAAUGAUUGAAUUAUUAAUUGAUAAAAUCUUGAAAAGUAUGUAUAUAAAGGGAAAUAAAAGAAUAAAAUAUUUUUCUUUAAUAUCUUUAUCUUUUCAGAAGUUGAAGAUAUAUUAUUCUAAAGUGCAUUUAUUACAUUCUAAUUUAUUAAUAAAAAAAAUGAAUAAAUUAAUAAGAGAGCAUAAUAAUAAGUUAAUUAUAAAUAAUAAAUAUAAGAUGAAAAAGAAAAAAUUAGAACGUAUUAAUUUAUUUCAAGUUCAUAAAAAGGACAAACCAUUUGUGUUAAUUGAUAUGAAGGAUAUUAUAACAUAUUUGUAUAUAAUUAAGAAGAAUAAUAUAAAAAAUAAUAAAUUUAUAAAGACCUUGUUAAAAUAUUGUAAGAUAUUUUUGUUUAAAAUAAAUUGGGAAGACACAAAUAAUAGUUAUAUAUAUUCUUAUUAUCAUAAAGUAAAUAAAAAAUCAUAUAGAACGUUAGAUUUAGUUUGUAAUGAGAAAAAUAUCAUACCAUUGUGUUAUCAGAAUGAUAUGUUAAGAAAUAUAAAAUUAUAUAAAUCGUUUGAAAAUGAGAUGGAGAAUAAGAGAAAAAAAAAUUUAUUAAAUUCUUAUAAGGAUAUUAUUAUAUCAAAUAGAAAAAUUAGAGGAAGAGGAAAAGUUAAAGAUAGACGAAUAAAAAGACAAAAUAGAAAAAACAAAAUAUCUCAUAAUAAUGUAAAUAAAUAUUUAGCUUUAUAUUCGUUGUAUAAUAUAAAUAAAACAGCACAAAAUUAUGGCAUACAUGCAAAUGAUUAUAGGAAUAGUGUAUUAACACAAGUGGAAAAUGUUAGGAGAGAAACUAAGUCUAGAGAGAAAUUAAUAUUUAUAAAAAAGAGAGCAAAGGAGUGGAUGAGAAAUCAUAAUGACAACGAAGUAGAAAAAAUAAAUGAUAUUCUUAUGAAUAAUAAAAAUGACAAUAAAGUAAUAAUAAAUAGGGAGUUGAUUUAUUCUAAAAAUGAAAGUUUUAAUAUAUAUAAGAAAGGUAUAUAUAAUACUUAUAAUAAGAAUAAUAAAUAUUUGAAUAAUAAAAAUAAAUUAUAUGAUAUUGAAAAUGAACAUAUAACAAAUAAAUAUGAUAUAAAUUUAAUAUGUAUGAGUAUAUUUCUUAAUUAUUUAAUUUCCUAUGAUUAUUUAGUUUUAAAAAAUAUUUCAGAGUUUAAUAGUUUAAUAGAAAUGUAUAUGAAUUUAAUAAGAGGUACCAACAUGAAGAAUAUCCAUUUUUUAUAUAUGUGUAAGAUAAUAGAAAUUAAUAGACAAAUAUAUUUGUAUAAUAAUUUUUUAAUCAAAUUAAUUUAUUCAUCUAUUUUAUAUAAUUGUAAAAAUGGAUUGUCUUCUUUUCUUAGUAUGUUGAAGAGAGUAGGAAAUGUCAAUACAUUGAAAAAAACAAAUAAACAAAUUAAAGAUACUUUAAUAAAAAAGGAUGAUUCUAUUGAUAGUUCUGAUUGUUUCAAUGAUAAAAUAUAUGAUAAUUAUAAUAAUUAUCAUAAACCAUAUGAGAUAAGUUAUAAUGUUGAUGAUGACAUAUUAUUUAAAUUAAUUAGUUCGAGAUAUAUGUGGUUAUAUUCUAUAAUUAAUUUAUAUAAAGAAUUAUUAAAAAGUAAAAUACAUGACUAUAUAUUGAAUGAUAUGUUGAUAAAAAAUUUAAUUGUCUUAAUAGAAAUAGAUUAUGAUUCUAAACAGUUAAGCUAUACAUCUAUUUAUGGAUGUAUAAAGUUAUUAUAUAUGAUUGAGAAUGGCAUGAAGGUAAAUAUAAAUAAAAAAAAUAAAGAUAAAUAUAUUAUUAAUUUUCAAAAGGAUGAUGUUGAUGAGGAGGAAGAGGAAGAAUAUUAUUAUUCCUUACAGAAUAACUGUAACAAACUAUUAUUUAUAAUUUUAAAAAAAAUGGAAUAUACUAAAUUGGUCAAUACAAAUGAUAUAUUAUUAUUAUUAAAAAUUUAUAAAUAUAUUAAUAAAAUAAAAAUAUAUAGAAAAGUAUUUGAAAAUGGUAAUUAUGAAAUGAUAUUAAAAAUUGAAAAGAUGUUAAAAAAAAAAAUAAUUCUUGAAAAUAAAAAUCUAUAUAAUUUGAAUAUUAUAAAUUUUAUAAAAUUAUAUAUAUAUAGUGAUAAUAAAUUAAGGAAUGAACUUUUUCAUAUGACUAAUUUAAGUGAUCAUUUUUUAUUAUUAAUAAAUAUAAUAAAUAAAAUGAAUAAUGAUAUGUAUUUUUUUGAUUUAUAUAAAUGUAUAUAUAUAUAUAUGUAUAAUUAUAUAGAUGAGGAAAUGAAAAAAUUAAAUGAUAAAAAAAUUUUUAUAAUAAAGAAAGAUCAUAUUAUAAGUUCAAUAAAGAUGUUAGAAUUUUUAAGAAAUUAUAUGACCAAGAAUAUGAAUAAAAUACAGAAUAAAUAUAUUUAUAAAAUUAUAAUGUAUAACUUUUUUUAUAUAAAUCAUUGUAUAAAAUUAUCAAGCAUGUUAUGUUCUUCUAAAUAUAGUAGCAAAAAAAAAAAAAAAAAAAAUUAUAUAUUAUUAUACAUGUUUAUAAAACAUGUAGAUAUAAUGUUUGAUAUAAUUAAUAUGUCGUUAAAAAAAGAAAACUGUCUAUUUUAUAAAAAAUUUAAUGAGAAAAAUGUAUUGAUUUAUAUAUUUUCUUUAUAUAUAGAAAAUAUGAGUAAAAACAAAAAGAAAAUAAUUGGUUAUCUUUUUUUUUCUUCAAAUAAGAAUAGGACACAUGGAAAAGAAUUUCUUGACAUUUUAUCUAAAAAUAAAUUAUAUUUAUAUAAUAAUAAAAUGAAUACAUGUGAUGAUAUUAGACAUAUUACAUAUAUGAAUGUAUUAAUAUUAUUUCUUUUAUUUAAAUAUGAAAUAUUUUUUAAAUAUCAUAAUAGAAACAGGACAUGUCAUAGAAAGAAUAAUAAAAAUGAUUUAAAUAUGGAUGUUGCAUAUUAUAAAUGGAUUUACAAUAUAUUAAAAUAUAAAGAUAAUAAAAAUAUUUUUUAUAAUAUGAUAUAUACACAUAAUGAUGUUAUAUUUCUACAAGUUUUAUUUUAUGCGAUAACAAAAAAUUAUUUUAUUUUAAAUGAUAUGAAUCCAAAAAAUGUGGAAAACAUAUAUAUAAACAAAAUAAAAAGAAAUAAUAAUAAUAAUAUGUUAUUACAAUAUUAUGAAGGAGAGAAAAAAGGAAAUAAAUCGAUACAAUAUGAAGAUGAUUUAAAUGAAUUCAUAAUCAAAAAUUUUAAUAUAUUAUCAGAUCAUUUAAAUGAUAAUAAAUAUUUGAAAAGUAUUAUAUACAAUUUUAUGGUACAUAAAAAUUCCAUUUCACAAAUGAUCAAAAAAAUUUUAAAUAAAAAUAAAUUAGAGAAAUAUGUUAUAUAA